AUGUAUACUGUAUAUAUAUAUACACACCACUGUGACAGAGACACUGUGGAAGAGUCACAUAUCAGAGGAAGCCUUGCUACUGACAACACACCCUCAGGUCUUGCAACUGCCACCAUGGGGGCUCUGCUGUGGGAUCUCUUGCUGCUGUGUUUGUUUGCCCACGUGCUCGGCGACUGUCAGAGGGACUGCCUGAGCUGCAACAGACACUUGUACAACCAACAGGACAACUUCAACGUUCUUGUCUGCAUCAUGGAGUGCGAAGGGAAGGCCUUUUCGAGUACCACCUGGGAGCUUUGCACCAAAGUGGCUGGGAAGUCGUCCCUACAGGUGAGCGCUGACAGCCUGGAAGAAGAUUCCUACCAGCCCUUAGAGAUGGACGAUAGUGGCCUGUUCAGAGGCAGCCGGAAGCACUUCGAUGACCUCACCAAAGUGGUGGAUCUUAGCAAAGUGGAAGGUGAGAAGAGAGUUUCCAAGGUGAGCAGCCUGAUCCGCCAGCGGGAGGUGGACGAGGGUGUCAGCAAUGGGAGUGAGACCCCGCUGGGUGACUUCCAAGAGCAGCCCAAGGAUAUUUCCAAGCGGCUCGGUGGCUUCCUCAAAGGAAAGUACAGUUACAGGCAGGUGCUGGAGCCCACCGUGCAGGGGGUGCAGAAGCGGUACGGGGGCUUCAUCGGGGUCAGGAAGUCGGCCCGGAAGUGGAACAACCAGAAGAGGUUUAGCGAGUUCUUGAAGCAGUACCUGGGCAUGUCACCGCGCUCCAGCGAGUACGAUAGCUUAACCAAUGACCUGAAUGAACAGAACGAGAUCUAACCGGAAACUCUGUUUCAUGUCACUGACACAUAGUGAAUCGGUUUAAGUCUGCCGAGGCCAAAGAAGUCAACCCCUUCCCUGAUCCCAAAGAGCCUGUGUUAGGAAUGGUUCACCAGACCCAACUGGAUUCAUUGCUGCUCAGAGUCAAGGGGGGAAAGCCGCGUGGUGGUUGUUUCUGAAUCAUCCAGUGUAUUUAUUAAUUCUUCUACAUUUUCAUGGCACUUUUGAAGGCAAAUAUAAGACAACUGUCCCUGCCCUGAGCUUACAGUCUAGGUUUACUAGAGAGAGAGAGAGAGAGAGAGAGAGAAUGAGAAUCAGUCAGGUUUCUCUUUUCACAUUCAAAAUGGAUUUCCAAGUGUUUUGGUCCCUGAGGAUAUGUCUACACUGCAAUUAGACACUCAUGGCUGGCCUGUGCCAACUGACUCGUGGGGCUCGGGCUAAGGAGUUGUUUAAUUGCAUGGGCUCGGGCUGCAGCUUGAGUGCUGGGACCCUCCCAUCUCGCAGGGUCCUAAAGCCCGAGUUGAAAGCCUACACUGCAAUUAAACUGCCCAUUAGCCUGAGCCCCACAAGCCUGACGCAGUUGGCACAGGCCAGCAGCCGGUUUUUAAUUGCAGCGUAGAUGUACCCUAAGUCUCAUAGGGCUCCAUGAGCAACUCAAACCUCCACUAGCUACAGAAUCCACAAACCUAUGGGGCCUGUGACCCAUUACCACCAAGGUAGUCCCCCUCCAGAGCAGCCAAGGGAAAUCCCAUGGCCAUCCUCUCUACCUGGGACCAGCAUGCCCUGGGGGAUACAAUUUCUAGCCCAACAAGAUGGAGUUGUUAAAAUCAGUCAUGUCACUCUUUCCUUCUUCAACUUGAGCUUUUGUUUUUUAAAAUGUAGCCCUUCCAAACCUAACACCCAUGCUGCUCUCCCUGCUCCACCUGGGUAUCUUUGUUUAUUUUAAAUAAAUUUUCUUCAGGUUAAAUGUGCUGGAUUAACAUCCCUGGAGGCUAAUCAACUACAAAACAAGUAUGCCAUGGGCCAGCAGGAGUGCAAGUCUGAUGGCCACCAUACCACGAACUGAAUCAGGGACCUCCUGAGCGUGAAAGCAUGAGCUGCUACAGCUUGAACUAAAGAGCCAGGCUCUGUAGCUCUGGCUGCGAUAGUCUGUCUGCAGCCCAGGCAUAAACAGGGACCUGUAAUAUACAUUCCCCAGUGGUUACAGAAAUUUCACUACACACUGCCCCACCACCAUGCCUGAGCCCUGCCCCGGGGGCAGAGAGGGGAGUUGAUUCCUGAUGCCUAUUCAUUCCUUGAGCUCUCUUCUGAGACUUAACCCACGCCAGAAAGCUCCAGGUACACGCCAACUGUAACCUUGGCAGAGGACAGGGUUAGAACAUGGUCAUCCCAUAGCCCAGUUUCAACAUGGAUAAAGCUGUAGUGUAGAUGGGACCUAUUUGCGUCCCCACACCAGGUUAACACCUUGAACUGAUCAAGGGUUUAUCCCCGUAACAGGGAUACGGUUACUACAAUUUUUAUCUGUGUUGUAACCACAGCCCCCCAAGUAGACCCCUCUGUUCCAUCAGGAAGCCAGAGAAAACGUUUCCUCUCGGCAUGAGUUCACCCCGCUCCUGCCCACUGCCCUCCUUCCUCAAUCAAGCUGGCAACCACCCUUAGUCUGUGACUUUAUCCAGACGCCGCAGUGUCACUUACGAGAUGAACCCCCAGGCUCGCAGCUGGAGAGGAAAGAGAACUCUGACACCAGAAUCAGUUUUGUGGGCUAGGAGGAUUAUUCUGGGGUCAGAGGAUUGAUUGGGGUACCUGCACCACCUGGAGGAGAGUUAGGGCAUAUCUACACAACAGCUGCACGGUUACAGCGCAGGGUUUCAAAAUAAAAAGGGGGCCUCUUCAGAGGUGGAGGUGAAAGAGCCAUGGUAGGACAGAGGGAGGGAACUGUACACGAUUAGAGAGUCCAAAAUACUCCGCUCUCAUGAAACAAACGAGCGCUCACAGACACACCUGGAACAGGAGAGCCACUGGCUGGCAGCCUCAGCAGAGACCAAGGGGUGACUGGGCCAUGGGAAAUGAGCUCUACCACUAGAUUCCCAAUGCCCAUUCCCAAUCUACCACUCCAGGACAGAAUCGAGGCACUUUGGGAGUGGGUAAUAGAUGAUCAAAGAGAAUGGACAUUGCCAUUGCCUGUAGUGCCCCUGCUCUGUGGUUAAAGAGAACUACAGUCUCCAGGACUGCUGAUCCAGCACCAAAUUCAUUGCCCUUUAAAAAAAAAAUUAACAAAGAAGCUUAGUGGCCCCCUUCACUGUGUGUAACUACAGAUUCAUUCGUAAGAACAUUGCUUCAGUUUGUCCUUAGAAAAAUCCUUUGGAUUAAAUAUCUCAUGUACAUCUGUAAAGCAUCCAACUCAUUCUGGUAGAUCCCAAAGCACUUCAGAAAUCACUUUACCCACUCAUUCAGGAAUCACUUUACCCACUACUGCAAUGCAGCCACCUCUGUGGUGGGGCAUGAAAGCUGUGUAACAUUACCGUUUAACAGCACAAUAACUGUUAAAGACAGGAUGUAAAGAAGUGUGCAUUCAUCUGCAACUGGAUUGUGAAUUUAUUAGAGCAAAGGACUAUGGGUAGUACAACAGGUGGAGGAACCACAUUUUACAAAAGAGUUAACAUCUGAUUGGUCACUGAAAAUCCCAAAUUAGAUCUGGGGGUCUGGAAUUUCAACAGAAAUUUAUUUUCAUUCCCGUGUUAAAAAAAAAAACAACAACCCAAGUUAUUUUAUAAUAGCAAGAGGCCAUUCCAAGUGGUGGUACUAUGUAAGGAUAUUUAAAAUGAUACUCCUGUUAUGGUCUCUGUGUCUCUAAUACCUGCUGGUUCUAUUUUCAGCUCCAUUACUGACUCACUGCGAGACCACGGGCAAUGGCUUCCCCUCUUUGUGCCUCAGUUUUCCCCUCUGUAUAAUGGGGGUAAUGAUCAUACUUACCCUCUUACUAUUCUGGAGAGUGCACUGUGUUCAUCAGAGAACAAGUGCUAUCACAAUGCAAAGCGCUGUCAUCUCCCUGUCUGAGUAUUGGCAGGCGAGGUCCUGAGUCAUCCUUCUUCUGAGCAUAUGUGCAACAUGCCUCAGGCGGCACGUGACCAGGAUUCAUCACCGAAUUUGGUCCGCUGGUCGGAUCACAAGCUUCCCUGGCUUGGGCCAGGUACUGACGGAGAGUGCGAAGAAAAUGCUGAUCCACGCCUCCCCCCACGAGUCCUUUACCCAACUGGUCAUGAAUUGCCAGGAAAUGUCUGGCUAGGAGAUCAAUAUUGCUAUUAGAAACUACGGAAAUAAUGUUAAAUAAUGCCUUACUGCAUGAAUGGACCCACAUAUGGACUAAAUUGCUACUCUGUAUGAAUAAGGGCAUCAGAAUUUGAUCCUACUGUAACUAUUUUAAUGCAUUGCACUUCUCUAGCAUCUUCCCCCAGGGGCCACAAAACACUUAACACAUUUUGAUCGCAUUAAGCCUCACAUCACUCUUGGAUUGUUAUAGCUCAUUUUACAGACAGGGAAACCAAGGCACAGGGCAGUCACAUGACUUGACCAAGGUGAUCCAGUCAGCCCAGAAGAGUGCUGGGAACAGAACCCAGAUAUCCCAACUCCUAGUCCCCUUCUUUAGUUACCAAGUACUUCUCCUUCCAUCCCAGUUAAGAGUUGAACUGUUUACUGCCAUGAACACAGGGAUCCAUUUACAGUUCAAUUCCAGUAAGGUGUACAAGGGUUGUCAGAGUCAGCACCAGCCCGUCAGUUAAAGGCUGGUACAGGAAGCAGCAGGAAAACAAGAUUUCCUGGUCAGCAUUCCUCAAGGUUUUAUAAUCACUCCGGGGUUGACUUCUUUGCUCAGCGUUACAGCGGUGUCUGUGUUUUCAUUAUGUCUCUUUCCCAUGGCAUGUAUCUUGUCCUAGCUGCUGUCUCAGUGCUGUCACAUUAGAGGGUGUAUUUUUGUAACUCCCAGGAUGACAAACGGCGCCGUGCCUGCCGCUCGGCCCUAUUCUGCCUAACUCGCAGACGAAAGCAUGACCAAUAAACAACGAGCCUGGGUCUUACCUGCGUCACUGCCGUUACUGUUUGUAAAAAGAACCAGUUCUUUUUAAUUGUUUCAUACAAAUAUUUCUC